GCGCUCGCUCUGCAUUUUAACACGCCCCGUUCUCCGUCUGUGAUUCUCUUUUUCGACUUGCAGGGCGACUUUGUCGAUAGAGGUUACUACAGUCUUGAGACUUUCACUUACCUUCUUGCACUAAAAGCUAAGUGGCCCGAUCGUAUCACGCUGUUGCGAGGCAAUCAUGAAAGCAGGCAGAUAACACAAGUGUAUGGAUUUUAUGAUGAGUGCCAAACCAAAUACGGAAAUGCUAAUGCUUGGAGAUACUGUACCAAAGUCUUCGACAUGCUCACAAUAGCAGCUUUAAUAGAUGAGCAGAUUCUGUGUGUGCACGGUGGCCUCUCUCCAGACAUCAAGACACUCGAUCAGAUUCGAACCAUUGAGCGUAAUCAAGAAAUCCCCCACAAAGGCGCCUUUUGUGACCUUGUGUGGUCCGAUCCAGAAGAUGUGGACACGUGGGCCAUCAGUCCCCGAGGAGCGGGCUGGCUCUUCGGGGCCAAGGUGACCAAUGAGUUUGUUCAUAUCAACAACUUAAAACUCAUCUGCAGAGCACAUCAGCUCGUGCACGAAGGCUACAAGUUCAUGUUUGAUGAGAAACUGGUGACGGUAUGGUCUGCUCCAAAUUACUGCUACCGCUGUGGAAAUAUCGCGUCGAUCAUGGUCUUCAAAGAUGUAAACACGAGAGAACCAAAGCUGUUCCGGGCAGUGCCAGACUCAGAGCGCGUAAUCCCGCCCCGGACGACCACGCCGUACUUCCUCUGAGCCCUCGCCCAGCGCGCCCGUGCCCCUCCCUCGUACCGUUCCCUGGCAAUAUAGUUUUUACUGAGCACUUUGCUGCCGAAACGCUGCCUGCGGCCUGUUC